AAAACAUUCUAGCACCUGCAUAUAUUUGAAUAUAACGUCCACAACAUGUGCUGCACAAGUUUUAUAUUUUUUCUACGCUUUUUGUAUUCUCAUAUCUGUAUGUUCUGUAUACUCUGUACAAGUAUGAUAAUCAAGUAGUCACUGAUGAUUUUUUCUUUCAAUGUAGCAUGGACGGAUGCUUCUGCCACUGAAUAUGACAGCUGAAACACCCAUAUACGUUAAUGCUAAACAAUUCCAUGGAAUCAUUAGGCGGAGGAAAGCUCGUGCUAAAGCAGAGAUGAAGAACAAACUGGUCAAAAUCAGGAAGCCAUAUCUCCACGAGUCACGCCAUCUACAUGCAAUGCGGCGUCCAAGAGGAUGUGGUGGCCGUUUCCUGAACACCAAAAAGGAUGCGGAUGUUCAAAAUGUUAAAAGUGAUAACCACAACAAUGGCAAGCAUUUAACUCGGCCUGCAAUCACAUCUCCGAGCUCUGAAAUUCUUCAGUCUGAUAGCGGAAACCUUAACUCAGCUAGCUGCGGCUCAUGUAUAUCCCGAUCAGAGGUGACCAGCAUGUAUUCGCAGGGAAAAAAUGAUCACUUCCAUGUGAUUGAGCAUCUCCGUCCAUCCCUUUACCUCCCUCUAGCAAACAUGAUUGUCGGAGACCGCAGCUCAGUCAUCCUUUCCAAGUGGGGAACAUCAGCUGAUGGCUGCUGCGACCUCCUGAAGGUCUGAGGCACCAAACUUGCUGCAGCCAGAUGGAAGAGCUAGCUGCAAUAGCAGUGAUGCUGCUUUAUGCGGCUUGUUCUUGUUGGGGGAUAGUCCCUGCUGCUGUCUGGUUAUUCUGAUAGGCAAUUCAUUCUUGGCUUUUAUCUGCAUUGAGGUAUAUUUCUUUCUUAUCACUGAUAUUGAAGAAAAUCCUCACUGCUCUGUAUAAUGACUUACUAUAUAGCAGUAGUAGACUUUGGCUCUUUUGCUUCCAUUAGUAGUAAUCUGUGUGAAAGAAUAAGAGGUCCAACUGUUAGGGCUGUCUGUGUCUCUGAGUGGUACUCAUAGCAGCUAUGGUGCUGCUCACUUUGUGCUUGUUUGUGUUAGGAUUUAUUACUGUUUGUUUGAAACUGCAAUCUUUGCUUCUAGUAUUGCAUUGUUAAGCAUCUCUUUGAGA